CGUCCGCCGCGGAGUCGCCCGCCCGGUGGCCGCGGCAGACGGAGGCCGAGCGGGAGCCGCGGCGGCGGCGGCGGCAGGAUGGGGGACUCCAAAGUGAAAGUGGCCGUCCGGAUCCGGCCCAUGAACCGCAGAGAAAUUGACUUGCACACCAAAUGCGUGGUGGAUGUAGAUGCCAACAAGGUCAUUCUCAGUCCAGUGAACACGAAUCUUUCCAAAGGAGACGCCCGAAAUCAGCCAAAGGUGUUUGCAUAUGAUCAUUGUUUCUGGUCUAUGGAUGAAUCUGUUAAAGAAAAGUAUGCAGGUCAGGAUGAUGUCUUCAAGUGCCUUGGGGAGAAUAUCCUACAGAACGCUUUUGAUGGCUACAAUGCAUGUGUCUUUGCCUACGGACAGACAGGAUCUGGAAAAUCUUACACCAUGAUGGGCACAGCUGACCAGCCUGGAUUAAUCCCAAGACUUUGCAGUGGACUCUUUGAACGAACUCAGAAAGAGGAAAACGAAGAGCAGAGUUUUAAAGUCGAAGUGUCCUACAUGGAGAUUUAUAAUGAGAAAGUCAGAGACCUUCUUGAUCCCAAAGGAAGCCGCCAGACGCUGAAAGUCAGAGAACACAGUGUCCUGGGACCCUAUGUGGAUGGACUCUCCAAGCUGGCCGUCACGAGCUACAAGGACAUCGAGUCUCUGAUGUCAGAGGGAAACAAGUCCCGCACAGUGGCUGCCACCAACAUGAAUGAAGAGAGCAGCCGGUCCCACGCGGUCUUCAAAAUCACCCUCACGCACACUCUGUACGACGUGAAGUCUGGGACAUCCGGAGAGAAAGUGGGCAAGCUGAGCUUGGUGGACCUGGCUGGCAGUGAGCGCGCCACCAAGACGGGAGCGGCGGGGGACCGUCUGAAAGAGGGCAGCAACAUCAACAAGUCCCUCACCACCCUCGGCCUGGUCAUCUCCGCCCUGGCAGACCAGAGUGCUGGCAAAAACAAGAACAAAUUCGUUCCCUAUCGUGACUCAGUCCUCACUUGGCUGCUCAAAGACAGUCUCGGGGGAAACAGCAAGACGGCCAUGGUGGCCACGGUGAGCCCGGCAGCGGAUAACUAUGACGAAACCCUGUCCACGCUGCGCUACGCCGACCGUGCCAAGCACAUCGUGAACCACGCCGUGGUGAACGAGGACCCCAACGCCCGCAUCAUCCGGGACCUGCGUGAAGAGGUGGAGAAGCUGCGGGAGCAGCUGACCAAAGCCGAGGCAAUGAAAUCUCCUGAGCUCAAAGACCGGCUGGAGGAAUCGGAGAAGCUCAUCCAGGAAAUGACAGUGACGUGGGAGGAGAAGCUAAGGAAGACCGAGGAGAUCGCACAGGAGCGCCAGAAGCAGCUCGAGAGCCUUGGGAUAUCCCUUCAGUCUUCAGGAAUCAAAGUGGGGGAUGAUAAGUGUUUCCUCGUUAACCUGAACGCUGACCCCGCCCUCAAUGAACUUCUGGUUUACUACUUAAAGGAGCAUACACUGAUAGGUUCUGCAAAUUCCCAAGAUAUUCAGCUGUGUGGAAUGGGAAUUCUUCCGGAGCACUGUAUCAUAGACAUCACGCCAGAAGGCCAGGUGAUGCUGACGCCGCAGAAGAACACCAGGACAUUCGUUAAUGGCUCUUCUGUGUCCAGCGCUGUCCAGCUGCACCACGGGGACAGGAUACUGUGGGGAAACAACCACUUCUUCAGACUCAACUUGCCUAAAAAGAAAAAGAAAGUCGAUCGAGAGGAUGAGGAGCAAGAUGCCUUGGUGAAGAACGACACGAGCUCUGAGCAGCUGGACGUGGACGGAGACUCCUCCAGCGAGGUGUCCAGUGAGAUCAACUUCAACUUCGAGUACGCGCAGAUGGAGGUGACCAUGAAGGCGCUGGGCCACAACGACCCGAUGCAGUCCCUGCUCAGCAGCCUGGAGCAGCAGCACGAGGAGGAGAAGCGGUCGGCGCUGGAGCGCCAGCGGCUCAUGUACGAGCAGGAGCUGGAGCAGCUGCGGCGGAGGCUGUCUCCGGAGAAGCACAACUGCCGCGGCUCCGACAGGUUCUCCCUGCAGUCGCCCAGCGCCCAACAGCGCCUGCGGCAGUGGGCCGAGGAGAGAGAAGCGACACUGAAUAACAGCCUGAUGCGGCUGAGGGAACAGAUUGUCAAAGCCAAUCUGUUGGUGAGAGAAGCGAGCUACAUCGCAGAGGAACUGGAUAAAAGAACAGAGUAUAAAGUGACCCUGCAGAUCCCUGCCUCCAGUCUCGAUGCCAACUUGAAGCGAGGCUCUCUUCUGAGCGAACCUGCCAUCCAGGUGAGAAGAAAAGGAAAAGGGAAGCAGAUCUGGUCUCUGGAGAAACUGGACAACAGGCUGCUGGACAUGAGAGACCUAUACCAGGAGUGGAAAGAGUGUGAGGAAGAUUCCCCGGUAACCCGGUCUUACUUCAAGCGCGCCGACCCUUUCUACGAUGAGCAGGAAAACCACAGUCUCAUCGGGGUGGCGAACGUCUUCCUCGAGUCCCUCUUCUACGAUGUGAAGCUCCAGUACGCUGUUCCCAUCAUCAACCAGAAAGGGGAGGUGGCGGGGCGGCUGCACGUGGAGGUGAUGCGGAUCAGUGGCGACAUCGGGGAGAGAAUCGCCGGAGGGGAUGACAUCGGGGAAAAUGCCGGUGACAAGGAGGCCCCGGAGAACAAGCUUGUGUGCAUGGUGAAGAUCCUGCAGGCCACGGGGCUGCCCCAGCACCUGUCCCACUUUGUGUUCUGCAAGUACAGCUUCUGGGACCACGAGCCAGUCAUCGUGGCACCGGAGGUGGACACGUCCUCCUCACCUGUCAGCAAGGAGCCCCAGUGCAUGGUGGUCUUCGACCACUGCAGUGAGUUUUCCGUCCACCUCACCGAGGACUUUGUGGAGCACCUCUCCGAGGGCGCCCUGGCCAUCGAGGUGUACGGCCACAAGAUGAACGACCCUCGGAGGAACCCAGCCCUGUGGGACCUGGGGAUCAUCCAGGCCAAGACGCGGAGCCUGCGGGACAGAUGGAGUGAAGUCACCAGGAAAGUAGAAUUCUGGGUUCAGAUCUUGGAGCAGAAUGAGAAUGGGGAAUAUUGUCCCGUCGAAGUGAUUGCUGCAAAGGAUGUGCCAACAGGAGGAAUCUUCCAGCUUCGGCAGGGCCAGUCGCGGAGGGUCCAGGUGGCCGUGCGCUCCGUGCAGGAGUCUGGCACGCUCCCGCUGAUGGAGGAGUGCGUGCUGUCCGUGGGCAUCGGCUGCGUCCGAGUCCGGCCCCUCCGGGCCCCCCGGGCCCAUGAGCCCUUCCACGAGGAAGAGGAGGACAUGGACAGCUACCAGGAUCGAGAUUUAGAGAGGCUUCGGAGAAAGUGGCUGAACGCGUUAACAAAACGCCAGGAGUACCUCGACGAGCAGCUGCAGAAGCUGGUCAGCAAACAUGAUAAAUCCGAGGAUGAUGCGGACCGGGAGGCGCAGCUUCUGGAGAUGAGGCUGACACUGACGGAGGAGAGGAACGCCGUCAUGGUGCCCUCAGCUGGCAGCGGGAUCCCGGGGGCCCCCGCGGAAUGGACCCCGGUGCCUGGCAUGGAGACGCACAUCCCAGUCAUCUUCCUGGACUUAAACGCUGAUGAUUUCAGCUCCCAGGAUAACCUCGAUGACCCGGAAGCUGGAGGGUGGGACGCGACCCUCACCGGGGAAGAAGAGGACGAGUUCUUUGAGCUGCAGAUUGUGAAGGAGCUGGACGGAGAGGCGAAGGUGGAGGCAUCGUGGGACUCGGCGGUGCACGGCUGCCCGCAGCUCAGUAGAGGGACACCGGCCGACGAGCGCGUGUUCCUCAUUGUGCGGGUGACAGUGCAGCUGAGCCACCCGGCCAACAUGCAGUUGGUGCUGCGCAAACGCAUCUGCGUCCACGUUCACGGCCGGCAGGGUUUUGCUCAAAGUAUCCUAAAAAAGAUGUCUCAUCGAAGUUCUAUUCCUGGCUGCGGAGUGACUUUUGAAAUUGUCUCCAAUAUUCCAGAGGAUGCCCAGGGUGUAGAGGAACGAGAGACCUUAGCGAGAAUGGCAGCAAAUGUUGGCAGCACGGCGUCUGCGGACUCGGAGGCAUACAUCGAGAAGUACCUGCGGAGUGUACUGGCUGUGGAGAAUCUCCUGACGCUGGACCGGCUCCGCCAGGAAGUGGCUGUGAAGGAGCAGUUGACUGGCAAGGGGAAGUUGGGCAGGAGGAGUAUCAGCUCGCCCAGUGUGAACCGACUCUCCGGCAGCCGCCAGGACCUUAUUCCCACCUAUAGUCUAGGCAGCUACAAGUUCUCAGAGACCCAGGGAGAGGGCCGGUGGGAGAGUCAGCAGGACCUGUCGCAGAUGGUGGCUUCCAGAGGCACAGCUCCAGCCGCCCCGUCCCUCCCCGCUUGCUCCCCAAAUCACCACGGUCCUGAUCCAGGGCUGGGGAACCUAGCGACGUCCUACUUGAAUCCUGUGAAGUCAUUUGUGCCACAGAUGCCAAAGCUCCUGAAGUCGCUGUUCCCUGUCCGCGAUGAGAAGCGGGGCAAGCAGCUGUCUCCCCUCACACAUCAGCCCGUGCCCCGAAUCCUGGUGCAGCCUGCACUGGCAGACGCCGGCGCCCCCAGGAUGGUGCAGGCACUUCGAGAGAGUGUGGGGUCAGCAUCGGACGGGACCGUUCCCACGCCGAGAGUCUGCGAGCGACCCCCCAAGGGUGCGGAGGGCCCUGAGACCCUGGACGGGCCCCCCAGCCCCGUGAGCGAGGCGUCCAGUGGCUACUUCUCCCACAGUGUGUCCAGCGCCACACUCUCCGAUGCCCCCAGCCUGGAGGCUGCGGCCCCCGUUCCCGGCUCACCCCCGGCCACCCUCUCCCUGGCCACUGAGCCCCUGCCCGCCAGCGGGGGUCCCCUGGCUCCCCCUGAACGCCCGAAGCAGGCUGUGUCCCCGGGAACUCCGAACCAGGGCCCGGCUCUUCCCAGCGCCCCUGCAGCCCCCCAGAAGGACCCAAUAGCUCAGCAGAGCGGGGUCGAGGCCUGCCCCAAGCCCCCUGUGCCCACGGACCUGCCCGCCUCACCGUUCCGCAUCCGCAAGGUGCGCACGUCGGAGCUGCAGUCCUUCUCGCGCAUGCUCAGCACCGACCCGAGCCCGGACCCGGGGUCCCCUGCGCCGAGCAAGCUGGACGUGUCCUCCGAUUCCGAGGAGGCCAGCGAGGUCCCGGAGUGGCUCCGAGAAGGAGAGCACGUGACCGUGGGCGCCCACAAAACGGGCAUCGUCAGAUACGUGGGCCCCACGGACUUCCAGGAGGGCACGUGGGUCGGCGUGGAGCUGGACUCCCCCUCAGGCAAGAACGACGGCUGCAUCGGGGGUCGCCAGUACUUCCGCUGCCGGCCGGGCCACGGGCUGCUGGUGCGGCCGGGCCGGGUGCGCAGGGCUGCGGGCGCGGGUCGGCGGCGCAGCACGGGGCUCCGGCCGCAGGGGGGCCCUGAGCCGCGCCGCAGCAACACCCUCUCCGGCUCGGCCGGCAGCCUGGCCUCGCUGACCGCCGCCCUGGCCAAGGCCGACGCUCCCGCGGCGCUGCGGGCAGAGCGGGGCCAACGCAUGCCGGAGAACCGCAAGUCUUGGGCCAGCUGAGUGUCCCCGCAGCGCGCCCUCCCCGGGGCCGGCCCGGAGGUUUGGCACCACGAGGCCGCCGAGCAGAGCUGGCCACCCGGCCCGCGCCCAUGACGCUGCCCACUGCCUGUCUGCGGGAGAGCAGGAGAGCUGCGGGGACCGUGGAAGGUUCCAGAGCUAGCCCAGCCAGAGGAAGCCCCCGCUGCCACCCGGUCCCCAAGUGCGUCCCGGCCCUGCGCCCCCUCCCUGCCCACCGUGCCCAGAACCUCGGACAUAUUUAUUGAUAUUUAUUUUGUCAACGCCCCAAUCACGUGUGAGCCACAAUCUGCCCGGGGCGGGGGUCCCACGGGUGCGGGGAACCGGGCUCUGGGCCCGCCUGUGUCGGAAAGUGCCUUUUCCCGUUAGCUAGGGCAUCCUUCUGGGCAGGGGGCCCUGCGCCCUACUGCCGCUCCAGACCUUUGCGGGGUCCAGAGCCAGCAGCCAGCACACCCGGAGCUUCCUUCCAGGCCCAAGCAGUGGCUGGACGCCCCUCCUCCCGCUGGUCCCCCCCCCCAUUCCCCUCCAGGAGGGGGCUAGGACCUGCAGGUGCAACCAUGUGGGCGGGGCGCUGCAGCUGCCCAGGUGCAGGCACUUGGCAUCAGUCAGCGCCUGGCGAGGCCCCGCCUCCUCCGCGGGGCUGCCCCGAGGGAUAAAGCGCGAGGGAGGGGGGCACAGCACAGGACCAAGCCACAGCCCAGGGUGGUCUCUCGGCCCGUGGCUCCGAGCCCCUCAGCACCUCUGGUUUGGAGGUAGGUGUCUGUUCAGUAUUGGCUCAGAGGGCUCGUCCUCCAGGCCGGCUAGCCCAUUGCAGGCAGGAGUGCCUAGUGCGUGGCCCCAGGCUGCUGAGACACAGCUUGUGGGCAGGUAGGGACCUCCCCAGUCUUGCAGGAGUGGGGGGACUGCAGUAGGAGUCCCCUGUCUGUGCACCUGGGCUGUGUCUCCCUCCGCCCCCCGGGCUGGAAGCGGGAGCCUGGCGAGAGUGAGCAGGAGGGCCCUGAGCGCACUGGGCCCUGGCCAACGCUGCCCCUCCCGCACCCCGUUUUGCACUUGGACCCCUAGUAAAGCCCUCAGGGAGGCCGGGUGAGGCCUGUCUGCCGUGCCUUACUUCUGGGGCCCCACUACAGACAGGGCCCCACUGUGCCUUCGGUCACCCACUGUCACGCGGCUGGGAGCAGUGGGCAUGAACCCGAGAGUCCGUCUGUGAGGGAGGGACUCUGGCGGGGGGCACAGUGCUUUGCAGCACAUGGUAUGGGGAGUUCCUGUGGGGGUUCCAGGAGAUCCAAAGAGCCGGGCCAGCCCAGGUCCGUGUGUGCUGCCUGGCCGCGUCUGCCUUUCCUUCUGGUGACCAGCAGCUGCUCAAUAAAGCAGAUGUUUCUU